GUAUAAACUGGCUUUCAUUAUGAAUUUGGUUCUCGUUUGAGUCUGACAUUCGUGCUUUGUUUCUUAUCUACUUCAACAGAAUUAUGCUUAUCGUCGAGCCAAACGGUUUCUGACGAUUUUGCAAAGCUUUUGGAGGUACGUUUACGACGAGUAUUGACGUUGAACGGUGGAUGGAAGGGGAGCAAAUGAAGUCUUGUUUUUUGGGGAAAGCGAAUCAACAAGCGACAAGAACGUGAUAUGAGAUUAUCAUCUAGGUGAGGGGAAAAUCACCUUUUCGACCUGGAAUUGAGUCCGAAACACGAGCCCAUCGCGAUGGAAAUGGUGAACGAAUCAUCUAGCACUCAGUCGUUAUGACGAGCCAGCACGAAAUCAGGAACGUUUUCACUGUAGAUGGAUAGAUCGAAGACAUUUUAGGCCAUUGUUCUAUGAAAUGAUGUUGUUUUGAUUAAUUCAGUGGUGGAUUGAUUGAAAAUACCGAUCUAUGAGCCUUUGAUAGGAUAUGACGGUCGUGUUAUCAGUCACGACGAAUAUUGCGUAUCUCGAAAUCAUUCAAUCUCCGCAACGACUUCUGCAUUCGGAUAAUCCUCUUCGACUAGGAAAAUUUGGAAUGUUUGUAGAUGUAUCUAUCGACACUAGUGGUCGUGCGACCUAUCUUCUAGUUCAAUAUAUGACUUUUCUAGAAUGAAGAGCUGAAUUGGUAUAUUCCUUUGGAAUUCCAUUUUCAACUUUUUUUGGAAUGAAUUCUUGGAAAAUCGAGAGACGAGAAACUCCUACGUGAUGACCGGUUGAAAAUGAAACAAGACAUUUGCAACGUGAUUGGCUCAAUAACGGCUCGAAUUCAUACAUCAAAGACUCUUUUCAUAUUUUUGGUACACCAAUCUAUCAACCCUGGCCGUCUGUUAGCCUUAGUCGAAUAGCAUUAGGUGCUCUCAUGGAGAUGUUUAAUGCCGAACUCAACUAAUGGAACAUAGAUGGUUAAAUAAACCAACGGAUAGUGACGAAAACAUGCGCAGAUAAUUUCUCGGAAGAGCGUACCAGACACGAACCUAGAGGGUCCCCUUUCACUGUCAACAGCCCAUUAGAUUACAUCAAACGCUUUCGCAAUACUUGACGUUAUUUGUAUGGAAAAGCAACGUAGUGACAGCGACAGCAAUCAUUCAGGAACUCGUCAAUAUUCCCCACACUUAAUUCCUCACCCUUGACCUCUUUCUCAACCUUUCGCCAAACUCGGAACAGAUGUCAUCAAGCACAGUGAGUGGUUCUAAAGAAAUCAGCAACCAGAACGCGGUUUUCAUAUCUAGAAGAUCUGUGAUUUUAACGGUUGUAGGAGCUACACCAACCGAAAACAGCACUUUAGCUGCCGUUCUCCAAAAUGAUUACCUCGGAGUAGUCAAACAAUGGAUGGACGAUAUUCUAAGGGGGACAGUUGGUAUGUCUCUUUUACUCCAAGGCAUCAAUAUUUUGAACAUAUUUUCCACCUUCAUAUCCAAAGUUGUGAUGGUACCUCACUUUUUCGACUCUUUUCCUUUAUUCCUCUCUGUAGGUGGAAUAGAUCUUUUACUUCAUUUACUAACCAAUAUUGCACAAUUACCGGUAACCAAAGGAAUAGUAAAAGAAAGUGGCAUGGGAAAAGCAAUAGGUUCUAUAGAGAAGCACCGAAUUUGCGUAGACUCUCCCAAUAAAGUAGCCAUUGUUGAGCGAGUUAAUGCGAUAAAGGAAGCCUGGAAAGUUUCUGUGAAAGUGCGAAAAGAUAAGACACUAAGUAGUUCAUCGACACCUUUGGCAUUAAAACGCGAUCUCGAGGCUUCUUCCGAAUCGUCCUUGUUAAGAGCGAAAAAACCUAAGUUGGAUGAUACGAAAAAGUCGUCGCUUUCUAGCUUGUUGACAAAAGUAGCGCCCUCUUCUAUUCUAAGCACUGAUGACAAGCAUGGUGUAGCAAAUGUCGAUUCAUCAAAGAAAGUAGGAUCGAUAUUAGCAAAGAAGACAGGAAAGCGUCUGAAGUGGAAAGACCAUUUCGGUGGAACGUUAGAAGCUUCCAAAAUUUUAGAAGAUGACCAUACGCUAAGAGACGAGAAUCCCGAUGAGGAUAUAUCAGGAUUUGGAGAUCGAAAGAGUCGUGAUCGAAAUCGCGAAAGAGAGCUUCUAGCUAAAGCAAAGUAAGUACAUGUGCACGUCUUUUAUUCCGAAAUAGGUUAGACCAGAUACUCAUUCCUGUAUUUUUUCACGAGCAGGAAAGCAAAACUGUCUGACGACGACGAUGAGGGCUUGGUGUUAACAGAUGUAAAUUUAUCAAUUCAAGUGCAACCUACGAUUGCAUGGAAUAUUCCUCCGUCAUUACCAGAACGUUCAGAUGCAACCUGCAACAAUUCAAAAGAGAAAUUGGCACAAACAACUCGAAUGGCAACAGUAACUCCAGUAGAGUACUCAUCUGAAUACAAUGUACCGAUGAACCCAGCUCCUCUAAGUGACGUCGAGCAAGCACUCGACAUGACAUCUCAAUCAUCUACAGUGACACAGAUUAUUCCUUUUUUUGUGCUGCAACAACCAAUAGCGCCAGAUCUUGCUCCAAAAGUCAUUCCAACUUCCACUCCUGCGUAUUCACCUCUCCUGGCCCAGCCUCCCUCUGGAAUUGCAAAUGUCGAGACCGUGCAGUCUCUUGGUUUACCUCCCUUCCUUGCAGGCCAGAACUUGCAAUCUUUACGAACCCUUGCAAAUACACCAGAGCUCCUAAGAUCCUUUGUUGAUAGUAACGGCAUGUAUGAUCAAAUCAGGUUGAUGAACCUUGUGGAAACAUUGAGU